AUGAAUACGACGACAUUAAUUUAUGAUGAUGAUCAUAGUAUUUUAGAUAUGGAUAAAAAUAAUAAAGAUUUAAAUUACCAUCGAAAGUACAAAAUGGCCAGAAAGAAAUUUAUAUUAGAUUUAGAUGAUCACAACAAUUAUGUCGAUAAUAAUGGCUGGUUCAAUAAAGUAAUAGACGAUUGGAGUCAAGAAGAUACAAUUGAUUGGUUAAUCUAUGCUGCAUUAUAUUUAGGACAGAAUUAUUCUUCAAUUCAACAUAGUCUUGCAAUUAAUGGUCGAGAUCUUUUAUUAUUAACUAAAUGUGAUUUUGAAAUGCAUGAUUCUACAUAUGGUGAUAAAUUAUACGAUUUAUUGCAUUCCCAAAAAAAUCACAAUAGCCAUCCACGGUUUAUUUCAAAUAACGAAAAGUCCAUCGAAGACAGUGAUAACGACAAACACUUCGAUUUAAUAAAUUCAUCUGUGAUUUUUAUUCUUUGUAUGCUUCAAGAUGCAGAGUCUGACAGCAGUAUCGAUGUAACUCGACGAAAGAAUUAUUCCGAACGAUACAAAAUUUUUAAAGCCAAAAAAAAUCAACCAACACAAGGCAAGCUAUGGGAGUUCAUAAGAGAUUUAUUACGAAAUCGGGAAACAUGUCCAAGUUUAAUUUGCUGGGAAGAUUAUUCUCAAGCAAAAUUUCGAUUUGUAAGAAGUGAUGAAGUUGCAAAACGAUGGGGAUCACGUAAAGGGAAUACUAAAAUGACGUAUGAAAAAUUGAGUCGGGCAAUGAGAUAUUAUUACAAAAGCAAAAUCUUUUUGCCUGUAUUAGGACGUCGACUUGUUUAUCAAUUUGGCCCCAAUGCUAAAGGCUGGCAAACGGAUAAUCCUAAUUUUCAUCGUUAA